UGUUUAGGCAGUAGGGAGUUUCUGCUAGGGUCUGGAUUUUGGAACUACACACACACCGGACCCUACCCUGUAUGAGUGGUGUCUGAGGAGCAAAAAAGGAUUCCCCCUCUGUCUACAAAGAAUCUACAUGUCUAAUAUUUAGAUAUGUUCAGCUUUGUGGAUAUUCGGUUAGCGCUGCUGCUCAGCGCAGCAGUGCUUUUGGCGAGAGGUCAAGGAGAGGAUGACAUCACGUAUGGCAGCUGCACAUUAGACGGACAGUUGUACAACGACAAGGACGUAUGGAAACCAGAGCCCUGCCAGAUCUGCGUCUGCGACAGCGGAACCGUCAUGUGCGACGAGGUGAUCUGUGAGGACACCUCCGACUGCGCCGACCCCAUCAUCCCAGACGGAGAGUGCUGCCCUAUCUGCCCCGACACCGAUGGACCUCAGGAUCCUACAGUAGUCGAUGAGCCACCAACAAAGGGAGAUAAUGGCGACAAGGGAGACAAGGGUCCCGCUGGUCCUCCUGGCAACGAUGGACUGGAUGGACAGCCUGGUCUUCCUGGACCUGCUGGACCCCCUGGCCCCCCUGGCCUUGGCGGAAACUUCUCUCCUCAGAUGAGUUACACUGACCACUCCAAAUCCAGCGGCCCACCUGUCCCUGGCCCAAUGGGUCCUAUGGGUCAACGUGGUUCUCCUGGACCCCCUGGCUCCUCCGGUCCUCAGGGUUUCAACGGCCCCCCCGGAGAGCCCGGUGAGCCCGGAGCUUCUGGUCCCAUGGGUUCCCGUGGUCCCUCAGGCCCCGUUGGAAAGAACGGAGAUGAUGGUGAGCCUGGCAAAGCUGGUCGCCCCGGUGAGCGUGGAGCCGCUGGCCCCCAGGGUGGUCGUGGAUUCCCCGGAACCCCCGGACUCCCCGGCAUCAAGGGACACAGAGGAUUCAGCGGUCUGGAUGGAGCCAAGGGAGACGGUGGACCCGCUGGCCCCAAGGGAGAGUCUGGUGCAUCUGGUGAGAACGGAAUCCCCGGCGCCAUGGGUGCUCGUGGUCUUCCCGGUGAGAGAGGUCGCCCUGGAGCUCCUGGCCCCUCUGGUGCCCGUGGUAACGAUGGCAACACUGGUGGUGCUGGACCCCCUGGACCUACUGGAUCUGCUGGUGCCCCUGGCUUCCCCGGCGGUGCUGGUGCUAAAGGAGAGACCGGUGUUGCUGGAGGCCGUGGAAACGAGGGACCCCAGGGAGCCCGUGGAGAGCCUGGUAACCCAGGACCUUCUGGACCCGCUGGAGCUGCUGGUGCUGUUGGAUCUGAUGGCUCUGCUGGUGCUAAGGGUGGUCCUGGUUCUUCUGGUAUUGCUGGUGCUCCUGGUUUCCCCGGCUCUCGCGGUCCUGCUGGAGCUCAGGGAGCUGUUGGAGGUCCUGGUCCCAAGGGUAACAACGGUGAUCACGGUGCCUCAGGUCCUAAGGGAGAGCCUGGUACCAAGGGAGAGCCUGGCCCCGCUGGAGUUCAGGGACUUCCCGGCCCAUCUGGUGAGGAAGGCAAGAGAGGAGGACGUGGAGAGCCUGGUGGUGCUGGAGCUCGUGGACCCAAUGGAGAGCGCGGCGGUCCUGGUGCUCGUGGUUUCCCUGGUGCUGAUGGUUCUGCUGGUGGCAAGGGAGCCCCUGGUGAGCGUGGAGCCAACGGAGCUUUGGGAGCUCAGGGAGCCACUGGUGAGUCUGGAAGCUCUGGUGCUCCUGGCGCACCUGGAUCCAAGGGUAUGACUGGUAGCCCCGGAAGCUCUGGCGCUGACGGCAAAGGUGGACCUGCUGGUCCCGCUGGACAAGAUGGACGCCCCGGACCUGCUGGAUCUACUGGAUCCAGAGGACAGCCUGGAGUUAUGGGAUUCCCCGGACCCAAGGGAGUUAAUGGUGAUGGUGGUAAGCCCGGAGAGAGAGGACCCGCUGGUGCCCUUGGCUCUGUCGGUGCUCCUGGCAAAGACGGUGAUGUUGGUGCUCCUGGACCUUCUGGUAUUGGUGGACCUGCUGGAGAGAAAGGAGAGCAGGGACCUGUUGGUUCUCCCGGAUUCCAGGGUCUUCCUGGACCCCAAGGUGCUACUGGUGAGACUGGCAAGCCCGGUGAGCAGGGCGGUCCCGGUGAGGUUGGACCCCACGGCCCAUCUGGAUCAAGAGGCGACAGAGGUUUCCCUGGUGAGCGCGGAGCCCCCGGCGUCGCUGGCCCAACCGGAAGCCGUGGUGCUCCUGGACCUGCUGGUAGCGAUGGAGCCAAGGGAGAGCCUGGUGCUGGCGGUGCCCCCGGUGGCAAUGGAUCCCCCGGUAUGCAGGGAAUGCCCGGUGAGCGAGGAGCUUCUGGUCUCCCCGGUGCCAAGGGAGAGAGAGGUGAUGGUGGAGUUAAGGGAGUUGAUGGCGGUGCUGGCAAAGAUGGCGGUCGCGGUAUGAGCGGUGCUAUUGGAGUCCCUGGACCCCCUGGUGCUCAGGGUGAGAAGGGUGAGGGCGGUGCCGUUGGAGUUUCUGGACCCACCGGUCCUCGUGGUGCCCCUGGCGAGCGUGGAGAGACUGGACCCUCUGGACCUGCUGGAUUCGCUGGAUCUCCUGGUGCUGAUGGUCAGCCUGGUGCCAAGGGAGAGUCUGGUGACUCUGGACCCAAGGGAGACGGUGGUGCUCCUGGACCCUCUGGACCCGUUGGAGGUGGUGGACCUCAGGGACCAGGUGGUCCCUCUGGACCUAAAGGUGCUCGCGGUGGUGCUGGACCCCCUGGUGCUACUGGUUUCCCCGGACCCGCUGGCAGAGUUGGACCCCCUGGCCCCUCUGGAGCUGCUGGACCCCCUGGACCCGUCGGACCCGUUGGCAAAGACGGAGCAAGAGGAGGCCGUGGUGAGACUGGAACCGCCGGUCGCCCUGGUGAGGCUGGUACUGCUGGAGCCCCAGGACCCGGUGGAGAGAAGGGAUCUCCCGGCUCUGAUGGAUCCCCUGGCUCCAGUGGUAUCCCCGGACCCCAAGGUAUUGCUGGAUCUCGUGGUAUUGUCGGUCUCCCCGGACAGCGUGGAGAGCGUGGUUUCUCCGGUCUUGCUGGACCAUCUGGUGAGCCUGGAAAGCAGGGACCUUCUGGACUUCAUGGAGAGCGUGGACCCCCCGGACCUGCUGGACCCCCUGGACUGUCCGGUGCUACCGGAGAGGCUGGUCGUGAGGGAUCUACUGGACACGAUGGCGCCCCUGGUCGCGAUGGAUCUGCUGGACCCAAGGGAGACCGUGGUGAGAGUGGCAACUCUGGAGCCCCUGGACCCCCUGGCGCUCCUGGAGCCCCCGGACCUGCCGGCCAAUCUGGCAAGGGUGGUGACCGUGGAGAGACUGGUGCCGCUGGUAACGCCGGUCCUGGUGGCCCUGCUGGUGUCCGUGGUCCCGCUGGCCCUGCUGGUGGAAAGGGAGACAGAGGAGAGGCUGGUGAGGCUGGAGAUAGAGGACACAAGGGACACAGAGGAUUCACCGGAAUGCAGGGUCUGCCCGGUACUUCUGGAGGUUCUGGAGAGAGAGGACCCGCUGGUGUCUCUGGACCUGCUGGACCUAGAGGACCUUCUGGAUCUAAUGGUGCCCCUGGUAAGGAUGGCAUGAACGGUCUGCCUGGACCCAUCGGACCCCCUGGACCUCGCGGUCGCAAUGGAGAGAUGGGACCUUCCGGUCCUCCUGGAUCUCCCGGACCUGCUGGACCCCCCGGACCUCCCGGCAGCGGAUUCGACUUCAUCAGCCAGCCCAUUCAGGAGAAGGCACCCGAUCCCUUCCGUAGCGGCGGCCACUACCGCGCUGACGACCCCAACGUGAUGCAAGAUCGCGACAUGGAGGUCGAUGGCACCCUCAAGACCCUGACCCAGCGGGUGGAGAAGAUCCGCAGCCCCGACGGCUCUCAGAAGAGCCCAGUCCGCAUGUGCCGUGACCUGAAGAUGGCCCACCCCGAGCUGAAGAGCGACUUGUACUGGGUUGACCCCAACCAGGGCUCACCUCUGGAUGCCAUCAAGGUCCACUGCAACAUGGAGACUGGCGAGACUUGCAUCUACCCCACCGAGUCCAGCGUGCCCAUGCAGAACUGGUACCUCAGCAAGAACAUCAGAGAGAAGAAGCACAUCUGGUUCAGCGAGUCCAUGACCGGUGGAUUCCAGUUCCAGUAUGGCAGCGAGGGAGCUGAUUCCGAGGAUGUCAGCAUCCAGAUGACCUUCAUGCGCCUGAUGUCCAACCAGGCCUCUCAGAACGUGACAUACCACUGCAAGAACAGCAUCGCCUACAUGGACUCCGCCACCGGCAACCUGAAGAAGGCCAUCCUUCUCCAGGGAUCCAACGACGUCGAGAUCAGAGCCGAGGGCAACAGCCGCUUCACAUACAGCGUCAGCGAGGAUGGCUGCACGUCACACACUGGCACAUGGGGCAAGACAGUCAUCGACUACAAGACAUCAAAAACAUCCCGCCUGCCCAUCAUUGACAUUGCUCCUAUGGAUGUUGGUGCACCUGAUCAGGAAUUUGGCGUCGAAGUUGGCCCCGUUUGCUUCUUGUAAAAAAGAAAGAAAUAUGGACAUGACAUUGUUGUUUUUUUUCUAGCAGUCAUCUCUAAAUCCUUUUUCUAUGCAUUCAAAACUCAUUCGGCUGCCAUUGGUCCACAUGCUUUAAAAACCACUCUACGGAAGACCAUGUUUGUGUUUUUCCAAUCAUGAGAAGCUUUUGGGACUGCUACUUCAACCAAAAAACCAACUACACGGACACUUUAAAAAGAAUCUUUUGUUUCCACUGGCAACAAGAAAAUAAUAUAUAUACUUGUGUAAAAUUUCCCCCUGGAGAUUUAGGAAAAAAACAAAAGAUCCACACGCAAUGAAACACAGGUCACUUUUGCCAUUUUUUCUACCACUGCGGAAGGACAUUGAAAAACAACAAGUGAUGUGUACCAUUUUUCUGGUGUUAAAUAAAUUGUAAAAAGUGUGAAGUGUCUUCUUGUUUUAAAUUCUUGACACCUGCUCCGAUUAAGACCAGCAAAAGAGCCAAAACAAAGAAGCUUCAUAUGUAGAUGGCUACCUCAUAACAAGAAGUCACCCCCAUUUUUUUUUCUUAAAUGAAAAAGGGUAUAUUUUACACAAGUUUAUUGUCAAUCAAUCAAAGGUGCUAUUACCAUUUCAAUGAGGUCCAGUUAUUGGUGUUUGAUGGUGAAGCUCUCGCCGUCAUACUGUAAUUAUUGCCACUAAUGCCUGCAGAACCUUUGGUGCUACUAAAUUGACUCAUUGUCUUGAUGCAGUGCAAUUGUUUUCUUCUUCAAGUGUUCUGAAACGGUGAUCACUGCAGAUGUAAUGCAUGCAAUCAUGUCUUUGUAGAUAAAAAAAGCAAGUGACUCUGGUUAAAUACCAUUUCCCUGCACAUUUGUUUCAGUGUUGAUCCCUCUGUCUGUUUGACCCCCUGUGGAAAACUCCUCUUCACUAAAAAAAAAAAAAACAGCACACAUCUCCCAUCCUGUUGUUUAUGUUGUUUGUUGAUGUCUUUCGCGAAGGGUUUCUUAAAAAAGAAUUUGAAGCAGACCCACUUUCAUGGUUUAAAAGAGAGAUUCUGUACUUAUUUUGUACAUGUAUAAUAAAUUGAGAUGUUUUUAAUUAUUUUUUGGGUGCUGAAAUAAAGCAUGUGAAGUGGUCUA